CUCAGAGAGCAACCCAAAGUGCUUGCAUCUUUUUUGAAAGCUGAAAAACAAAAAAAGAAGGCUAUUAAUGAAGAGAAGGGUGAGACAGUAAAUAAGGAGGGUGAGGCAGUAAAUAAGGAGGGUGAGGAAGCUAUUGGAAAGAAUGUAAUCAAUGGUGAGGAGGAUGAGGCAGCAGAAGUGGAGGGUGAGACAGCAAAAGUGGAGGGUGAGACAGCAGAAGUGAAGGGUGAGACAGCAGAAGUAGAGGAUGAGUUCGAUAAAGAGGAGAGUGUGGAUGAAAGUAAGGAGG